CAACUUGGUCGAAUCCCCAACAGUUUUUUAACAUGCUCGAUUUCCUCCUCAUCAUGCCCCCUUCUUCAAAAUCCACCGCCACCAAAUUUUCCGGCCACCACCAUUCCCACUCCCCUCUCCUCCACUGCAAGCACUCUCCAUCCGCCACUCUAGAGCUUUUGAUCCUAAUUUUAGUCCUUUUCUCCGGCACUUUUCUCCUCUCCUCUUACUUCUCCUACCUCUUCCAUUCCCUUUCCCUCCUUCUUUCCCCUCUCCUUUCCACCCAUGGCUCCUCCUUGUCUCUUCCUUUUGUUUCCUACCUUUUGGGUUGCACUAUUUUCUUCGUCACGACCCUUGUUUCCAUUGAGUUCUGCUGCGGUUCACGAUCCCGUAAAUGCGAUAAGCCUCGAUGUAAAGGGCUGAAAAAGGCUUUGGAAUUCGAUUUGCAGGUGCAAACGGAGGAUUCUGUGAAGAAUGGAUCAAAUGAGAUUGAUCUUUUGCCUUGGAAAGGUGGGAGUGAAGGGAAUCCUGAUUAUGAGUGCUUGAGGGCCGAAUUAAGGAAGAUGGCGCCGCCUAAUGGACGAGCUGUUUUGCUUUUUCGGGCUCGCUGUGGUUGCCCUAUUGCAAAACUUGAAGGUUGGGGAGCUAAGAGAGGGAGACGCCAUAAAAAGAGUCUAGCUAGUUCGGCACAAAACGGAGACCAUCGCUAAUAAUCGAUGAUGGUACAGUCACCGGAAUCCUCCUCUAUUCCAACGUUUUACUAGUUUGAUAUUUAAUCUGUAACUCUAUCCUUUCUUGAAGACUUUACUUUGAUCAGAAGAAAUAUUUAUAUGCUGUAUUCCGGGUGGCAUUUCUUGAACCUUUUUCUGAAAGCAACUUGGAAGGAUAUACAAACGUUUAAUUUGAAUAAGAUAAUAUUGGAUUAUGAUUUGAUUU